AUGUGCUUUGUAAAAAACUGUUUCUUGCUGUUUCAGCUUCCCAAUCUGUUGUUCUAUGGCCCACCUGGAACUGGAAAGACUUCCACUAUUUUAGCAGCUGCUAGAGAGCUCUAUGGGCCUGAAUUGUUCCGGCAAAGAGUCCUUGAGUUAAAUGCUUCUGAUGAGCGUGGAAUACAAGUGAUUCGGGAAAAGGUGAAGGCAUUUGCUCAGCUGACUGCAUCUGGAAGCCGUUCAGAUGGUAAAGCUUGUCCUCCUUUUAAAAUUGUAAUUCUGGAUGAAGCGGACUCUAUGACUUCGGCAGCCCAGGCAGCCUUGAGGCGCACAAUGGAAAAAGAAUCCAAAACAACACGUUUUUGCCUAAUCUGUAACUACAUCAGCAGAAUAAUUGAACCUUUAACAUCCCGAUGCUCCAAAUUCCGCUUCAAGCCUUUAUCAGACAAAAUCCAACAGCAGAGGCUGUUGGACGUUGCUGAGAAGGAACAUGUGAAAAUCAGUAGUGAGGCAAUAUCUUACCUUGUUAAAGUGUCAGAAGGGGACUUAAGAAAAGCAAUUACUUUUCUUCAAAGUGCCACUCGCCUAAUGGGUGGAAAAGAGAUCACAGAGAAGAUAGUCACUGAAAUUGCUGGGGUCAUCCCUAGAGAAAGAACUGAAGAACUGCUCUCUGUCUGCCAGAGUGGCUCCUUUGAGAAACUGGAAACAUUGGCAAAGAAUCUCAUAAACGAAGGAUAUGCUGUUGCUCAGCUUGUAAACCAGCUGCACGAUGCUGUUGUUGAAAGCGAAGAUUACAGUGACAAGCAGAAAUCUGUCAUAGCUGAGAAACUCGCGGAAGUGGACAAAUGCUUGGCAGAUGGUGCUGAUGAAUUCUUGCAGUUGAUGAGUCUGUGUGCUCUUGUGAUGCAGCAACUGACACACAACAUCUAACUCCAGCAGUGACUGG